GUUGGCAACCCACUGCAAACGGGCGACAUUGUCGACGUGCAACAUCUAUUUAAUAUUUAAACACAACGAGAUGCAAUAAAGCAAGUGAAAAAAGUACGACCAGCUGACUGGCAGGCGCACAGGGCAACAAACUGGGGCGCUACACAUUCUGAGUAAAACAACAAAUAACAGCAACAACAACCACAACAACAACAGAAAAUGUUGGGUGGCAAGCGCACAGGAUCGCGCCAUGUUGCGGUCGUAGUAUUGAUGUGCCUCUUCUGGUACGUCAUCUCGUCCAGCAACAAUGUCAUUGGCAAAAUGGUGCUCAAUGAAUUCCCAUUCCCCCUAACCGUCACCCUCGUCCAGCUAUGCAGCAUUACAUUAUACAGUGGGCCAUUCUUCAAUUUGUGGCGUAUUCGGAAAUAUCAGGAAAUACCACGAUCCUAUUACAUGCGAUUAAUUGUGCCACUGGCCAUUGGCAAGCUGCUCGCCUCGGUCACAUCGCAUAUAUCGCUAUGGAAGGUGCCCGUAUCUUAUGCGCACACUGUCAAAGCGACUAUGCCGCUUUUUACCGUUGUUCUGACGCGCCUCUUCUUUGGCGAGAAACAGCCGACACUUGUUUACCUGAGUCUCCUGCCCAUCAUCACCGGCGUGGCGAUAGCGACCGUAACGGAAAUCUCAUUUGAUAUGCUUGGAUUAAUCAGCGCUCUUAUUUCCACCAUGGGUUUUUCCAUGCAAAACAUCUUCUCUAAGAAGGUGCUCAAGGAUACGGGAAUACAUCACUUGCGACUGCUGCAUCUGUUGGGCAAGCUGUCCCUGUUUAUUUUCCUGCCUCUCUGGCUGUACAUGGACAGCUUAGCUGUGCUCCGGCAUACGGCCAUUAAAAAUCUUGACUAUCGAGUGAUUGCAUUGCUAUUCACCGACGGCGUUCUCAAUUGGAUGCAAAAUAUAAUUGCCUUUAGUGUGCUGUCGCUAGUGACGCCCCUCACAUAUGCUGUGGCGAGCGCCUCGAAGCGCAUUUUUGUGAUUGCCGUGUCGCUGUUAAUCUUGGGCAAUCCGGUUACGUGGGUCAACUGUCUGGGCAUGUCGCUGGCCAUUAUCGGUGUGCUCUGCUACAAUCGUGCCAAGCAAAUCUCAAAGAGCAGAGAACUACCGACUACGAUAUCGCAUAGUAAUCAUGUUAAGUACACGCCGCUCCAGCACAAUGAUUCCUAUUAUCGCAGUCCCAUGAAUGCCAUGAAUGGCAAUUUGCCAAAUGGUCUGCACAAGAUGCACACAACGACGGGGACGGGGACAGGAACGGGGACGGCAACUGUCAAUAUGCCAAUGUCUUCCAAGAGCAACAGUCUGCUGGCGAAUGGAAGCGGGAUGCCAAGUGGGAGCUCAACGCGCUUACUUUUUGUUUAGUUUUGUAUUUAGAGAAAUUGUAUUACCAACCCUCGCCCCUUCUCCCCCCCGCAACCACUCUUCGUUGCGGACACGCAUUCAUUGGCAAAGAUAACAUCUUAUCAGAGAUAUCAGAGUUAUCUCUAUCAGUAGUAAAAACUAUAAAUAGUGUUCAAACAUUCAAACAGCUAUCACAUAUUACUGCAUAUAUGUUUUACUUGUUCCUUCCUUGCUCUCUGCUCCCAAUGUUCCUCCACUUUGUGCUUGUCAAAUUAAUAUGAUUAACAUUAUUAUUGACUGUUUUCUUUCCAUUUCUGUUUUGUAUCGAAUUCCCGCUACCUCCCCCUGUCCUAAAUUCUAAUGUAAAUUAUUGUAUGAUAUAUGUAUGUGUGCGAAAGCGGUAUGUAAAUAUGUGUAAGAUCGAGACCAAAUCUGACCCGAACUUAAGACCGGGAUUUGCCUCAGUUGCCGCUAGAUUUGAAUUUUGUUUUCAUUUUGAUUCAAUUCAUUUUGUUUAAGCAUUAAAAGUGUAUUUACAAGACCGAAACGCGUUGUAAAGCGUAAUAAAAAUUGUUGACCGUG